AUGGAGAGCCACGUCAAAAGUAUUCUUCUCUACGUCCACAUCGUUAUUACAACGACGAUGUUAACUCUGUCAAGACAUUCUCAUGCAACAAAACAGUUAAACGUCUUGAGUUUCGGCGCUAAACAUAACGGCGUUGUGGACUCGGCUCAAGCUUUUGCCAAUGCUUGGGCUGCUGCUUGCGGAUCGGCCGAGUCAGCCGUUAUUUACGUACCCAAAGGACGGUAUCUCGUCGGUCCAAUCCGUUUCAACGGUGAAGGCUGCAAAAGCGUAAAUAUUGUUAUGAGGAUUGAUGGUACUUUGGUGGGUUCGGAAGAUUAUAGGUUUCUUGGGAAAGAAGAAACCUGGCUCGGCUUUGAACGAGUGAGUGAUGUCUCAGUCAUAGGUGGUUUCCUCGACGCCAAGGGACCAUCGUUGUGGUCUUGCAAGGCCGGCAAAGGCGUUAAAUGUCCUGAAGGUGCCACGACGCUGAGUUUCGUGGACUCGAGCCGAAUAACCGUGAAGGGUGUAAUGUCAUUGAACAGCCAAAUGUUUCACAUCGUCGUUAACCGAUGCCGAAACGUGAGAAUCGAAGAUGUACGAAUCGUAGCCCCGGGAGAAAGUCCUAACACGGAUGGAAUUCACGUUCAGCUAUCGUCGGAAAUCGAAAUCCGAAACGCUUCGAUCAAAACCGGCGACGAUUGUAUCUCCAUAGGGCCUGGUACGAAGAAUUUGUGGGUCGAACGCAUCACUUGUGGGCCUGGUCAUGGAAUCAGCAUUGGGAGCUUGGGAAAAGAUCUAGAGGAAGAAGGAUUUCAGAACGUGACAGUGAAGAAGACAGUGUUCAUAGGAACAGACAAUGGUCUGAGGAUAAAAUCAUGGGCUAAACCGAGUUCCGGUUUUGUUCAGACCGUCCGGUUCUUGGACUCGAUCAUGCGUAAUGUCAAGUCUCCUCUCAGGAAAAUAAAUACAUUUGAAACGCCGGUCUGCGUUUACGUAUCCGCGUUUGCAUCCAACCGCAGUUUAGAGUAA